AUCAACUUUUGCUGCUCAAUUCCCUGUUUCUGCAGAUCUACUGGGUGUAGUGACUUUCGGAACAAUGAAUCCUGAAGGUGGCGGCUCAGUUGGAGAAGCUAGCGAAAACAACCAAAAUGAGGAAGGGCUCAUUGAAGAAGGACUUGGUGAGGCAGAAGUGAAUCUCCCUGAACAAGGUGAAAACAACAAUGGUGCUCCUCUUCAUGAAACCCUUAAUGCUGUAGCACUGGAUUCUAACAUGUCCUCUUCAAGCUUCCAUGUUGGAAGCAGCUCGAACACCGCGAACAUUCCAAGAAAAAGAAACAUGUGGAGUUCUGGACAAUUUUACCAGGGUGAAAGUUCAAACAUGGGUCAACAACAGACAGGAGAGCCUAAAAGGCUUGCUACUGAGUCUGGGGUUGGAGCUAACAACAUUAAUGUGAGCCAACCCAAUACAGGAACACCCAUUCCACCACCCAAUACCGGUGCUAACAGAAACGAGAAUACUGAUACUGGGAGAAGAGCUUCUAAUGCUGCACAUCCUCACCAACGCUUACGUUCUGUUCAGCCUACAUCUUUUCCGGGUACUGCUACCACCACUGUGAGCGGUGUAACCGUGAGGACUACCCCUCUCAGCCGCUGUCCUCACCCAAGAGUUGAUAUUAUAAUUCCGUUUUAUGAACAUGGUAGCACUUCAACUAGGGCUCCGCCACAGGGCACACUAGGAAUGAACCAUUAUGCUGCAAGAAGCAGUUCCCGCACUCAGAACAAUCAAACUUCUCAGCAAACACUACCAUCUGCACUUCCACCCAAUAUUAUUUCUCCUGAGAUGAGAGCAAGGCUUCCGACUGAGGUACGCUCAAUGCUUUUACCUUCUUACUAGCCCUAAUUUUUAGU